AUGGCAGAAGCAGCUGGACUUACACUUGGUGCUCUUGGCAUUGCUGCACUCUUCAAUAACGCCCUUGAAUGCUUCCAGUACGUUCGUGUGGCCAAAGAUUUUGGCCAAGACUUCGAGACAUACCGCAUCAGGCUCCAUCUAUCCGAGGUAACGGAGGAGAAGGCCAAAAACUUAGAGAGAAGAUCAUCAGAGCCUGAACUCAGCGAUCGCAUGAAGAAGUUGUGUGGUAAGAUGAACAAGCUGGCUCUAGGCAGAACCAAUAAAGCAUCCAAGGUGAAGGACGGUCUGUACGCGAAGACGAAAUGGGCGCUGUUCUCUCGUGACGGUUUCACCAAGCUCGUUGAGUCUAUUUCCAGCCUAAUCAACGAGCUCAUAGCCGCUUUUCCAGAUGGUAUAAGAAAGAAGAUGGAGCUAUUGUGCAACGAAGACGUAGAGGAGCUUGUUGCGAAUGAACCGGGACUCUCAACUCUGUUGAAGGACGCCUUGGGCGAAGACGACGAACAGAUGCAAGGCGCAUUGCAAAAGGCUGCUGCUGCGACGCAUCAGAAUACCACUACGUUUUCUGGCUCUGGUGAGAAUAGAGGGCUGCAACUAGGUCAGAAUUAUGGUUCGAUGACAAACACCUUUGGUAGUUAA